CGCCGAGUAAGCAUCGUUGACGUCUCCCCCCACUCCACUGCCGUCAUGUCUAAGUCAGAGUCACCCAAAGAGCCCGAACAGCUGCGGAAGCUCUUCAUCGGAGGUUUGAGCUUUGAAACAACCGAUGAGAGUCUGAGGAGCCAUUCUGAGCAAUGGGGAACGCUCACAGAUUGUGUGGUAAUGAGGGAUCCAAACACCAAACGCUCCAGAGGCUUCAGGUUUGUCACAUAUGCCAUUGCAGAGGAGGUGGAUAUGGCCAUGAAUGCAAGGCCACACAAGGUGGAUGGAAGAGUUGUGGAACCAAAGAGGGCCGUCUCAAGAGAAGAUUCUCAAAGACCUGGUGCCCACUUAACUGUGAAAAAGAUUUUUGUUGGUGGCAUUAAAGAAGACACUGAAGAACAUCACCUAAGAGAUUAUUUUGAACAGUAUGGGAAAAUUGAAGUGAUUGAAAUCAUGACUGAUCGAGGCAGUGGCAAAAAGAGAGGCUUUGCUUUCGUAAGCUUGGAUGACCAUGACUCUGUAGACAAGAUUGUCAUUCAGAAAUACCACACUGUGAAUGGCCACAACUGUGAAGUAAGGAAAGCCCUACCAAAGCAAGAGAUGGCUAGUGCCUCAUCCAGCCAAAGAGGUCGAAGUGGUUCUGGAAACUUUGGUGGUGGUCGGGGAGGUGGUUUUGGUGGGAAUGACAACUUUGGUCGUGGAGGAAACUUCAGUGGUCGAGGAAGCAAUUUUGGAGGUGGUGGAAGCUACAAUGAUUUUGGCAGUUACAACAAUCAAUCUUCAAAUUUUGGACCUAUGAGAGGAGGAAACUUUGGAGGCAGAAGUUCUGGCCCCUAUGGUGGUGGAGGCCAAUACUUUGCCAAACCCCGAAACCAAGGUGGCUAUGGUGGUUCCAGCGGCAGCAGUAGUUAUGGCAGUGGCAGAAGGUUCUGA